UCCUCCCUCUCUCUUUAAAACUCUCAAAAUCCUCUCUCUCUCUCUUCCUCUUUGUAUAGUGAAGACAAGCUCUUUUAGUUCGCCAUGGCUGGGAGAAAAAGGAGGAAAAUGAAACUGUUAGAUGAAACAAUCACAGAAAAUAAGAGAAAGGGAAGCAAGGAGAAGAAUGAGACAUUGGAACUAGAAACUUGGUCUGAUCUGCCUACAGAGCUUUUGGAGCUCAUUUUUUCCCAAUUGACGUUAGACGACAAUGUUCGAGCGUCUAUGGUGUGCAAGAGAUGGAACUCAGCUGCCAUUUCUGUCAGGGUGGUCAACAAAUCGCCUUGGCUUAUGUACUUUCCAAAAUUUGGUAACUUAUAUGAAUUUUAUGACCCAUCGCAGCGCAAGACUCAUUCGCUUGAACUACCUGAGUUGAAUGGAUCCAGGGUUUGUUACACUAAAGACGGUUGGCUGUUACUAUACCGGCCGAAAUCGCACCGUGUCUUCUUCUUUAACCCUUUUACUCGUAAGGUGAUAAAACUACCGAAAUUUGAGUUGACUUAUCAGAUAGUUGCAUUCUCUUGCGCUCCAACAUCCUCCGACUGCAUACUUUUCACAGUUAAGCACAUCAGCCCAACAAUUGUUGCUAUCAGUACCUGUCAUGCUGGGGCAACGAAGUGGGUUACCGUUAACUAUCAGAAUCGCUUGCCAUUUGUCAGUAGCAUUUGGAACAAGCUAGUUUUCUGCAAUGGACUCUUUUAUUGUCUAAGUCUUACUGGCUGGCUUGGGGUAUUUGACCCACUGGAACGUACUUGGAAUGUUCUUUCUGUUCCGCCGCCCAAAUGCCCUGAGAACUUUUUCGCCAAAAACUGGUGGAAGGGAAAGUUUAUGGCUGAGCACGAUGGAGACUUGUUAGUUAUUAACACAUGUUCGAGUGAAAACCCUAUUGUUUUUAAGCUCGAUCAGGAAAAAAUGGUUUGGGAAGAGAUGCAGAGUCUUGAAGGUGUGACACUUUUCGUGAGUUUCUUAUCCUCCCAUUCAAGAACCGAUCUCCUUGGAAUACAGAGAAAUAGUGUCUACUUCUCUAAAGUUCGUUUCUACGGAAGGCGUUGCAUAUUAUACUCUCUCAACGACAGUAGAUACUACCCUCGUAAGCAGUGUUAUGACUGGGGAGAGCAAAACCCGUUUGAGAAUAUUUGGAUUGAACCACCUAAAGACUUCUCAUCAUUCAGCUGAACAAUGCUUAGCAACACAAACGCAGCAAUUAUUCGAAUACUGAAAACGAUGCUGGACCGGACCAUGCAAGGUACAUGAACAGAGUCUAUGCACACGAGGUAGUUCUUCAGAUGUCAAAGAGUAAAAUAUUUGCACCUUGGAAGAAAUAAAGGAUGGACAAAUCCCUGAUUGCAAUGGCCAAUGGGACCCCUUAUUCCCUAUUGGAGUUUCUAUAUUGUCCAGAUUAGUAGAAGAAAUUUCAUCAUGCUUUAAGCAGAUUUUCUAGGCUUAUACUGGAAUGUAUCCAUAUGUUUUAGAAUGGCUAAUGGAUCAUGUGUUCUCUACAUAUAUUUCUUCUCCUAAGUUAAAUGUUUUUGGAAUGGCUUUUUA